AUGAUGUCCGCAUUAGUUCUUCUGUUGUUCGCCGUGGUCUACCCGGGCCCCCAUUGUUCGAGCGCGGCCACCGAGCCCGGGGCCCCCGCGACCCCCAUGCGCCCCACCGACCCACCGCCCGACGUAAAACGAUGCCGCCGUGUCCCGACCAAUGAGAUGAGAGACAACUUCCUCGAAGUGAACAAGUUACGCAAGAACAAAGAAGUCGGCAACAUAUGGCUUAUGUUUCGAGGCAACAAAUAUGUUUACAUCCAGUGUUUAUAUCGCGACAACACUGAAACAAGCGACGAACUUAACAGACAAACUUUGGCCAUUAACGUCACCAAAAUCCUAUCAGCGGAUACUCAAAAUAUUGGUUACAUCAAAUUACUGGAGAUGAAGAAAGGCCUUGAGUGCGAAACUUUACUCAAGUGCAGAUCCAUUGACCCAGGACGACUGCAUGAUAGCAGUAAGGUGUAUAUUACUAAAUCAAGUCAAGAGAAGAUGGCUUGUGACGUGUUGAAAUUGCCCCGGUCAGAUGUCUCUCAAAAGGGUGUUACUCGGUGCUCGUUAGUGCGGGAAGCAGGCGUGGUUCGUUCGUUCAAACGAAAACGGUUAAAACGUUCUCCAGAUUCUCGACCGGAGCUGGUGUACACGUUCAUUGAACAGGCUGUGCAGCCUGGGUCUCAGGUUGCGUUGAAAUGCUCAGCUGUUGGUGAACCACCUCCUCGAUUUCGAUGGUCACUGGAUGGCCAGCCCAUACCUAGUCAUCACGGGGCUGUAAUAACGGAGGGACGGGAGAGCAGUCCCACGGGGCUGGGGUCUGGGAAUAACUACGUGUUGUCAACCCUAUCGGUGAGCAGUGCAAGAGUUGAACAUGGCGGCCGGUACGAGUGCAGGGCUACCAACACGCAUGGUAGCGUCGCUCAUGCUGCAAGACUCAAUGUUUAUGGUCCCCCGUACAUCAGGGCCAUGAGCCUUGUGAAAGCUGUUGCGGGGUCUGAAGUGACCAUUUGGUGUCCUUACUACGGCUUCCCAAUAGAUUCGGUGAAAUGGGAAGGUGGGGCGGGCACCGACCCUCGGUACCAGCAGAUGGAUGGACAGCUCACGAUCACCAACGUGGAUCGGAACAGGGACAAAGGAAGCUGGACCUGCUCUGUCCUCACACCGGGAGGGGAACUGGCUAGAAGAGAGGUACAAAUGACAGUAGUGUCACCGCCAGUGCUGUCUCCCAUCGUGUUCCCUCCCGGACUAAGAGCUGGAGAUCGUUCACAAUUGACGUGUACUGUGACAUCGGGAGACAUGCCUGUCUACUUCUCCUGGUUGAAGGAUCAAAUGCCCAUCUCCAGUGCUCUUCAGGUUGAUGAACGAGGUGCAGAAUUUUAUAGCAUGCUCCUAUUCAAGAGUUUGACUGCAGCCCACAGUGGAAUAUACACGUGUGUCGUCACCAAUACUGCUGGGAAAGCCAACAUGUCCGCUGAAUUGGCCAUCAAAGUUCCACCAUACUGGCAGAUAGAGCCUUCAGAUACCGCCGUGCUCCUUAAUGGUUCACUUACUGUGAGCUGUGAGGCUAGAGGUCACCCCCCACCUUCUAUAUACUGGACCAAGUUCUCUGGUAGUACUGAAACUACUCUUGGUGGGGUAUCAGACCCAGUGGUGCUAACAAAUGGCUCGUUAAGGUUGGAAUCAGCACGAGCGGAACAUUCUGGAAAAUAUCGCUGCAGAGCCGACAAUGGAGUGUCGCCACCUUUAUCAAAAACUCUCACUAUACACGUUAAUGAACCAGCAAGAUUUGAAACACAAUCAGCCAAUGUCACUGCCAAGCUGGGGGAUACUGUGAGAUUGGCUUGUGUAGCUCGUGGAGAUUCCCCACUUGCAACCGCUUGGAGUCAUUCUGGAAGAGCGUUACCUAAUUCAGACUAUAGAAUGAGCAUAUCAGAAACUAGGAGUGCAGAGGGAUUAAGAAGUGAAUUAGUAAUAGAAAGAGCUGACAGAAGAGACUCAGGAGUAUAUCGAUGUCAAGCGUCCAACCCUUAUGGGAGAUCUGAUCAUUUUGUGCAUCUGGCUGUUCAAGAACCCCCAGAACCACCAGCAAACUUCAGGGUCUUAGAGACCACAUCACGUUCCGUUCGCCUCCAAUGGAGAAGGCCAUAUGAUGGUAAUUCUCCAGUGCUGGGCUACGUGGUACAAUACCGUAAACAUGAUUCCACCAGCUCAGAUUCUUGGAGGGAUGCAGAAACCCAUAAUGUGUCCGUUUCUGCCCACGCACCGGAUUCGUAUGCUGAAACAGAAAGUGCGACAAUAACUGGUUUAGAACCAGCUACGGCGUAUUUAGUGCGGGCUCGGACAGUGACCGCCCAAUUUGCAUCAGCUCAUACAAGGGCCUUACUUGCAUUGACGUUGCAUGAACCACCUUCAAGAGCUCCAAUAAGCUUGCGAGCGUCUGCUCCAAGAUCUUCAACUAUUGAACUAGCUUGGCAGGCACCUCCAUCGUCAUCCUGGAAUGGAGAAUUGCUAGGGUAUACAGUAUGGUGGUGGCCUUCGGCUGAUGGAACAUUAGCAGGAGGUUCAAACGUAGGCAUGGAGUUUGCCACUGUCAGAGGACAAAUAACAAAGUACAUUAUCGAAGGUCUGGAACAUUAUACCCGAUAUUCUGUGAGCGUCAGAGCGUUCAACAGUGCAGGUGCAGGACCUGCUACUGCUCCCGUCAAUACUUUAACACAAGAGAGUGUGCCAUCAGAAGGUCCACGGGCUGUCAGAUGUCGUGCGGUAUCGCCACAAAGUAUUAAAGUAGAGUGGUCCCCACCGCCAGCGCACGCUCAUCACGGCGCGUUAUUAGGUUACAAAUUGCUUUACCGCCCGGAACAUACGACUGAGUGGUUGGAGUGGGACGCACGGGGCAACGGCGGGUCCAAUGUGGGAGCGGGCGCGGAGGUCAAGCGGGUAGCGGGCGUGGAAACUCUUCUGCUAGCGUUGCGGCCUCAUACUAACUACACUGUUCAGGCACUUGCGUAUACGGCGGCUGGUGAUGGCGUGCCCGCUCAUCCUAUACAUUGUACCACACAACAAGAUGUUCCGGGAUCGCCAGCAGCAGUAAAAGUAGUGGCUACUUCAGUAACCUCUUUAGCUGUCAGCUGGCUACCACCAAGUAGACCUAAUGGGCCUCUACUAUAUUACACCGUAUUUUAUAGAGAACUUGGCAGGGAUAGACCACCCAUAACUACAACUGUGCAAGUCGAAGAAGGUGACCCAUUCGUGGGUCUAGGAGGAUCAACAGAGUUGAGGUCAUUAUCUGAAGGGGCAACCUAUGAAGCAUGGGUUGCUGCUCAUUCCGUAGCUGGUGAAGGAGAACCAUCACCACCACAGCCGGCUACGACUACAUCAAGAGCACGAGCAAGACUUCUCUCAUUUGGUGUGUGGGCACGUGUCCAAUGUGGCCAUUCGUUGCGUCUCGCCUGCGCUUGGCGCGGUGAGCCAGCCCCACGUGCUCGGUGGCUGCGAGGAGACCGUCCUGUAACCCACGACCCACGGACACAUCUUACUCCUCAUGGGCAUCUGGCUAUUCAUGAAGUAGACGCAUCAACAAGUGGUAACUACACGUGCUCAGCACGAAACACAUUUGGAUCUGAAGAAGUGACGUAUCGUGUGGAGUGCGCCGCGCCGCCGGCCGCUCCCACGCUCACCUUGGACCACGCCGCGCAUACUGACGCAAGACUAACCUGGCGAACUACACAUCACCCAGCGGCUCCACCACAUGGUUUCACAAUCUGGUGGAUUCGAGUCCGUGAUGACACAGGAGACGGUUUAGAGUCAAUGAGCUCUCGACCUGAAGAGGAACGGAGGUUGGAAACAGGAGGGGAGGCGUCCAGUGUGGUGUUGAGAGCUCUGUCAUGUGGAGCCACAUACUCUGUGCGAGCUGUGGCGCACUCCAGGGCUGGGUCAUCACCACCUUCAGUGCCACUCCUGGUGAAGACUAAACCUCCAGUGUUAGUUUGGGAAGGUGGAGGGGAAGACAGGCUCGAGGAGGGAGCUGAAGCUGCAGUUUGGAGCAACAGCAGCGCUUUAGCGUUAGACGCUAGACGCGCUGUGCGUUGUGGAGCCAGGCUUGUGAGGCUGCAGUGGAGACGAGCUGACGCUGCUGGAGCUGCAGCGUGGAGAGACGCUGACCUUACUUCACUGCAUCAUCAUCGGGAGGUCGUGAUAGGUGGGCUGGCUGCCGGCGCCUGGUAUGCGCUCCGGCUGUGGACCGCCACGGAUUCCGCGCGCCACCAAGCUGUUAUUUACGCAGCUACCACUACACAUUCUGGAGAGCGUCUGCGUCGUCCUGUAGCCUUCCAAUCAGAAGGUGGUCAGAUCGUGACGUCAAACAACAAUGCUGAUACGGAGCGGGUGCUGGGAGCUGUGUCUCUGGCAUUUGCUGCACUCGCCGGUCUCGCUGUCACUGCACUGCUACUGGUAUUGGUGGCGAAACGAAGCACGCUAUGGCCUUGUGGAGGUGUCGCAGAUGAAGAGACCAGGCGCUGUAGUCACUCAGUAGCCAGCACUGACAAGUCAGUCUGCCCAGAACAGCAGAACAUCAGGAACUGCCAACAUGAUUACAAACAUGACAAACUGUCACCUGCUUCUGAUGUGUACGAGAUAAGUCCAUACGCCACAUUUGCUGUGGGGGGCGAGGCAGCCACGGCCGCAACUUUGGACCACACGUUGCAGUUCCGAACUUUCGGCCACCGGGACAAUGACGCCCCACCACAUCGACCAUGCAGGAAACACCCACAAAGGCACCGGGAGAGAGCUGAAGUGGAGAAGCACCACUCGGAGUGCGAGCUGCAGCAGCUGAGUCGCUAUGAGAAGGUGCGACCGCGCCACUGCGCACCGACGUCAUACUGCGUGCCACUGGCUCAUCACGCCAAAGGUGCACUGUCAGCAAGUAUGCUUGGUGCAGGCGGGAGCGGUGGCGGGAGCGGGAGCGGCGGCGGUUGCGGCAGCGGUGGCGGCUUGUCCGAAGUAUACGCGGGCGACUCGAGUGCAGAGUCCGGCCCUGGCUCCUUGUCUCCCCGUACACAUCAUGAACAUAGCUAG